CAUCAGGUCCUCAGCUCCUACGUCCGUGCUUUCAUUAUCAUUCCUAGCCGUUGACGGGCUGGCAUUAUAUAGUUGGAGAGUUUGCAGCUCUCGAAUUAUUUCGAAAAUGGGGCACGCUGACCGGACAGGUAAAAAUCCAUAGAACGUGUGUAAAGUGCUAGAAGAGAGUCGCAUUGGAAACUCAAGCAGAACAGGUGAAUAAUUUCAAGCUUUUUCCUGGGCUUUCCGAGAUGGACCGUCCAAAAUGGUUCAUACUCGCCACUUGUUUGGUUAUCCUAUUUAACACUAGUAUUGUUACAGCAAAAGCUACGACCUCACAAAAGCGGUCGUCUCGCGAUUGUGUGACUGGCAUGUUGACCAGGGCUGGCAUUACUCAUCACGUCGCUCGACUUUACACCAAGAUACUGGCCUUAUCCGGACACAGUCCAGAACUACUCCGAGCAGCUACGUCACACACCUUGGAAAACAUCGGAAUUAUAGAUGCAGCAGACCAAAGAAGGAUUAUGUCUUGUUUUUCAUCGUCGAUGAAUGGAUCAUCUAUUUCCGGACAAUGCCAGGCGUAUCAGCCUUGUGAGGAGAACUCGCGAUGUACUCCAUUCUCGAAAACCUCCAAUCCUCAUUUCCUAUGUCUGCCCAUCAACUAUUGUGAGGAGGUCACGUGUCUCUAUGGUGGUGUUUGCAAGAACACUGGUAGCAACUUCACUUGUGACUGCGCUGUUGGAUAUCGUGGACGACUGUGUGAAGAGAAAUGGCUGACAAAGGAGUACACGGACUUGCGCCUGCAGAAACUCACCGCCUCAGUUCACACCGCAGUGGAAACUAUGAAGAUGAAUAUGAUGUUGGCUCUUACCGCUCUUCAAUCACUGGUUGAGGGGAUCGCAUCUACUGUUUCAAGAAAAGACAUCAAACCUAUAUCGUCACCUGGAACUGACGAGAAUAACAAAUCAAAUUUACAUGUGUCCAAAUCACCAGGAGCGGAUGUCUCAGGCACCGUCAUCCCAGAAACGCGCAAUGAGAAUAUCACAGAAAACGUAUCUAAUUCUACUGGAUCUCCAACGGAUAUCGUCUCCACUCGUCCAAUGCGAACCACCAGUAAUACUGGCGUCACGGCUACGGAAGCCUUUCCCCAAACCAUUUACGUUCGAUUCCCUGAGAAGCGCACCUGGGCUGAGGCGAGAUCAGAUUGUACACAGCGCGGCGGCAUGUUAGCCGUUGCAGACCAAGGUAAUGCCACCACAGACCCACUUUUCCUUUAUUUGACGUCACACAAGUUCGACUUCGAGACCUGGCUAGGCGGCACGCAGGAGAAUGAUGACGUCAUGUGGCGGUGGAUCACGGGUGAAGCUAUACAGGGCUAUGCCUUCUUGCGUGCAUCGGAGGAGGUUCAUCCAGGCAAUUGCGUGCUUCACUACCAAGGUUACAUCGGAAACUAUAACCGCUUUCGUGCCAACCAAAUUCCGGCGCUUUGCAGCGAGAGGCUUCCUUAUGUAUGCCAGUUUACGGCCAAUUCAUCUGAGGCCAAAAACGAUCCUAAAUAUCACCCUGCCAUGUCUUCCCGACCGACUGAAGUACUGACCCCGCUGCCUACACCGACCUACACACUACACACGGAGGAGCUGUCAUGGUUUGACGCCAAGUCAGCCUGUGAAGAGCAAGGCAGCAACUUGGCUGUAGUGCGGAAUGGAGAGGAAAACGACGGGUUGCUCAGCUUCGUAUCGUCCCGGAAUCAAUCAGGUGUUGUUCUCCUGUGGAUUGGCCUCUCCCGAGAUAUAACUGCUGGCGCUAGAAGCUGGAAAUGGGUGACAGGUGAAUCGGCCCUGCAGGUGUUUAGAGACUAUUUCUCCUGGCACACUAGAGGUCGGCUUCGUGACAAUGAAGACUGCCUGAGACAUAGGCAAUCGCUUGGUGAGGACAUACCGAUUCGACGUCGCGUAUCCUGGACACCUUGGGAGUGCGACGGAAGAUUCGGCUUUGUGUGCCAAACCGCCAAUAUACCUUAGGGCAGGAAACUACAAUCAUGUAUAAUAUUGAUAACUGGCAAAAUUUUAUGCAAGGGCUUUGUAUUGGUGCAUCUUUUUUCAAAAUAUUGCGAUAGAUUUCUUAAUUGACGGCGGCACUCU